UCUGGAUCUCAUCCUCGUUUGUCUAUGCUUGCUUCGUUUUUCCUCUUCAUCAAUUGUUACAGCAAUCUGCUUCAAAUCAUCGUCUUCUAACAAAGCAUUGAGCAGCGUUCGUGCGUGUGUGCAAUUGUAACAUCAAUUUCUUCUCUCAUCGCCUUUAUAGCAUCUCCUUCUCUCACUACUCUCACCCAAAACACCUCAUCAAAAAGGUCAUCAGAACAAAAAAAGAAAAAGAAAAGAUGGCUCUCCUCAAGCGCAAGCGAUCCGCCGCACAGCUCUUCCCGCCAUCCACCCCGGACAGCUCCAUGAUGGCCCUCGACGCGCCCGCCCUGCACAGCCGCACCCUCAAGCGCUACCGCGACAACAGGCCGUCGGACGAAGAGGUCCAUCAGCACACCCUAGACCUGCUGUACUCGGCACAGCAGAGGCAGCAGCAGGAGCAGGAGCAAAAUCAUCACCAUCAUCAUCACCACCUCCACCACGGUGUCGGCCCCGUCGCGCAAGACCUCGUCGCGAACCAGACGCUGCUGCCCGUCUCGACCUCCUCCGACCCGUGUCCUCUCCCGACGCCGCCGAUGACGACGCCCUCCUCCUCCUCCACGCACGACGGCCAGCAGUCGCUGCACCGCUUCUGGAACAUUGGCUCCCAGCCCAGCUCCGGCACGUCGUCGCCCAGUCUCGCCGGUCCCCUCUGCGCCGCGCCGACGCCCACCGCCUGCGACGACUGCGGCGCUCCGCUGGCCGGCUCCGAUGGUGCCGGCGACGACGGCAUGGACCUGGACGGCAGCGCGGCGCAGGACACGGCGUGCGGCGCUUGCGGGAAGCACGUCUGCUUCAGCUGCUCGGUGAGCAACCUCGGCGAGGAGAAGCGCUGCCUGCAGUGCGCCGGCCGGAGGGUCUGGAUCGGCGGCAUUGGCUGGACGAAUGCCGGCGUGUCGGUUUGCUAG